AUGGAUAAUCCAGAGCCUAUCUUAAUUGAAAUUGCCUGUUCCAAAGGGUUCAACAAAUCCGCCCCCUCACCGGAGCUCAACCUAGCGAUACACUCGUACCUGUCGGAACGCAAAACCCUUCCGAAGGAUCAUGUCUUCCGUGUCAACUAUCCCAAAGUAGAGAGCGUUAUGAUUUGCAACGAACUAACGGCCAGUACACCGCGAACCGAUCUUCAGCUGUACUCGUACCAUCUGUGCGACGGCACCGGUGAGGAGGAAACCGUUUCGCAAGAUGGAGAAGAGGUUCAGAUUGCGAGCCACUGGUUGCUCCCGGCAAGGGAGUACCACGGCCUCUGGGAAAGUCUGGUUUACGAGGGUACGAUGAAGGAGGAUUUACUGAGCUUUAUGCAAACUACGAUGCUGUUUUCUAGGAAGAAUGUCAAUUCAAACCUGGUGGCGUGCAAUCGAUUGGUUUUACUGCAUGGUCCACCUGGUACAGGAAAAACUAGCCUGUGCAAAGCGCUUGCUCAAAAGUUGGCAAUUCGAAUGAUCGAUCACUAUCGGCAUGCUCAUUUGAUAGAAAUAAACAGCCACAGUCUGUUCUCGAAGUGGUUCUCCGAAAGUGGCAAAUUGGUGCAGAAAGUAUUUAGUCAAAUUCACGAAAUUUGCCAGCAGAAAACAGCUCUGGUAUGUGUUCUAGUGGAUGAGGUGGAAUCGAUCGUAUUUGCCCGGGAGUCGAUCUCAAACAAUGAACCAAGCGACAGCAUUCGAGUGGUCAAUGCUGUCCUAACACAGCUGGAUCGUAUUCGCAAAUACCCGAACGUUUUCGUGCUGGCCACGUCCAAUCUCACCGGUAGCAUCGAUUUGGCUUUCCUGGACCGAGCGGAUAUUGUGCAGUUCAUUGGCAAUCCCACGAUGCCGGCCAUUUACGAAAUCUACCGUUCUGCCCUGCUUGAUCUGCAAAGCAUAAAGAUCAUCAACGAUAAUGAAACAAUUCCCCCGCACGCAGAAUGUACGGACAAUUCGACAGUUGUCAAAACGUUGCGGGAAGUCGCUCGGAUCAGUGUCGGACUAAGUGGGCGCAGUCUAAGGAAAGUUCCGUUCCUAGCACACGCAUUGUUCGUGAAGCAAAACGAAACAACAUUGCUCAAGUUUCUCGGUGCCAUGCGAAGCGCCGUACGGCGCAUGAAAGCCGAUAAGGGAAUGCUGGAUUCCAGAAAUCAUACAAAGCUGGCAAACAACUGUGAGAACGGAAAUGGUGCCACAAACGGGUCUAGUUAA